AAAGUAAACAUUGAACAUACAUACUUCAUACACCAACUACCUACAUAGUACACAUUCAAUCAUUCAUCGUGUAAUUACAAUUCACGUCCAACCCUUUUCAUUUCACCUUUACCUACAUGUGCUUUUCACCUUUCGCCCACACACAUGCACGGCGACAUUGUGCCAUUGUGACCUUGCGACAUAUAUAAAGUAAUUCCUUAUCACGUCGAGCACGAUGCUCGGGUGGGCUCUAAAGAAGGGCUUUCAAGGUGCCACUGGUAAUAACCACGUGUCUGGUGCUGGCGAAGAGGAUACUACCCAAUUCGAUGCUCCAGAUACCCCUGCGCCUGUUUUUGCAGCGCGCGCUAUCAAGCAUGCUAUAUUUGGUGCGCCUAAAGUGACAGACGCUGCUGCUGAUCCGAAACGCGCCGAGCUUUCAAAGAAGAAGACCGAUAACAAAAUCCCCACCAACAUGACUUCGCCAACUAAGCAGUCCCCGAGUAAACAACCGACCAGUAUUCUAUUGACUCCAGGGACCGGAACUACACGCCGAAAACGCGUCUCAUUCAAUCACGACGUCAAAGCUAGUAAUCACAUGGAAUCUAGCCCCUUGGGUUCUGCCCGACAGCGAAGAACCUCACUUCGACAAGCACUGGAGAAUUCUCGCUCAUCAAGAUCCAAAAAACCUAUGGAAACCCUCAAGGAGGAAGAUACCCCAAAGUCAACAACCACUGUUACUGCAACCAAUACCACUACUAAUGCCAACGAAUGGGAAGACGAAUGGGAGGACGAUCAAUUUAAUCACGACAUGACCAUGGAUCUCAAUGAUCCUCACUCGGAGUCCGGCAAAUACUGGAAAGCGGAAUUUAAUAGAUACCGCGAGGAAGCGAUGGCCGACAUUGAACGCAUGGUGAAGUUCAAAGCUUUGGCCAAGUCUUAUGCCCAGAAGAAGGAUUCCGAGGCCCUCAGUCUCGCUCAGCAAUUGAAGGAAGAACAGACACGAGUGGCCAAGAUGGAAGAGAAGCUCGCAGCUAUGACUGCGCAGAUUGGAGACAAGAAACGACGUGGAAGUGAUAGCGAGGAUGCUACUUUGAUGAAGGAUCUGGCCAAACAGACCAGCCUUGCCGCCCAGUACCGAGACCAGGUAAAGGAACUUGCUGCGCUUCUCAAAGACCAAUCAAAGUCGAGCCAAUCUGAUCGCCGACGAAUCGACACAUCACCAAGGACAGAGCAGACCCUUCUAGAAACUAACCGAGAGCUUCGACGAGCGCGAUCUGAAUUGAAACAGGUGGACAAGCUUCACUCAGAAAUCAGAAAGCUCAAAUCCGAACUCAGUGCAGCAGAAGAUCGGGCCGAACAGGCAAUCGAGGAGCGCACUAGCAAAGGGGCAUCCAAUUUGGUCCAAAUAAAGAAGUUGGAGGAGUACUUGCGCAGGGCCAAGGAGGAAUCGCGCGAAAAGGAUCAGGAAAUUCGCUCACUCAAGAAGGACUACAAUACUCUAAAGCGUGACGCCAAAUCCCGAACUUCGGAGGCGAUGCAGGUGCUGCAAGAGAAAAACGACAAGAUUGCCGAACUUGAAAAGAAUAUAAAGGCACUCCAAGCAGAGACAUCUUCGACUCAAGCUACUCGGGAUCUGAAAUCGAAUAUCGAGACACUCGGCAAACCGUCUAAAUAUGAAGGAAAAUAUGAAGGAGACAAACGCGAACGCCGCUCUCAUCAUCGACGCUCUACCUCUGCCGAGGAUAACAAGCUCAAUAUCAACCCUAAGCCUAUGAUUCUGGACAUUGAUGAGCCACUGGCGGAUGCGAUCCGCAGACCGGACACCUUCUUACCUUCCGACUGGUCCGAUAGUUAUAAGGAUAUUAAGAACCAGCUGAGAGGGGAGAUGAAGGAGGUCUUCGAAGCUAAUAAGCGAGAAAGGGACUCUAUUAUGGAAGACAUUGAUUUAUCUCCCCCUCGACCUCUCCGAACUCGCGAUACUGAUAGAAUUAUGUCUACCAUCCGCGCAAACAAGCUCAACCAGCCAAUUGCUACUUCAUCUCGUCACCUUACCGCAAAGGAGAUAUUGGAAGAGAAACUUGCAGAGGCGCGUGGAGCAGCUCGACGUGAAGCCAAAGAAGCUGAGAAAGCUGAGAAAGCUGAGAUGCACGAUGCUUUAGAAGAGAGGUCAGCGCUGACGCCUCGUCUUCGCACUCGAUCUUACCACACUCGUCCGCGAUCGUCAGGCGACGAUGCGCCUCAGUACGAUCUUGCACAAGACAAAUUCGCACGUCUUGGUGGAUCCGACCCGGAACGAUCCACCUCGAGCCCCAUGAACAAUUCUCGAUGUACGUUGCCCGCUGACCGGCGUGCUGCGGCGUUAGCUCGUCUACAACAGAAGAAACUAGAGCGACAGAAAUAUAGCGGUAACCGUUCUCGAGACAAGGAGAAUGUCAAGCCUUGAAUAAGGACUUUAUAAUAAGGGAUGGGUUUUGUUACGAGGCUGGAGGCACCGUUUUAUAUUAGGUGUCUACAAAUGAAGGCAAUGGCGAAUGGUGAAUGGCGAACGAUUGGCGUGAUAUGGAAUUAGCAUUGCAUUGGAAAGGAGUCCUUUACUAUUGAUUUCCCCUUUUCUAAUUGCGAAUAUUGGCCUUUUUUUCACCCUGGUAUGGGAAAUGAAGGGUUGAGGUUUGGAAUCACGAGUCUACUAAGGUUAGGUACCUACAUACUAUGUAGUGUUGGUUAGGGCCCUUAGGGGGGGAGUUGUGGCGUGUGAAGUGGAGAUCAAUCGGGAUGCUACUUUUUUAAGUAGUCGAGAUGAUAACCACAUUGAUUAAACCUCGGA